ACUACCGCACAGUAUACAGCACACACACUGCGGAGUGAACAGCAGCCUGCAGUACGUCGCUCGUUCGUCGUGGUGUGGUAGUGCUGCGGACUCUGAAUAGUGAGAUGAGUGGUUGUAGUAUAGGCGGCCGCCGUGCAAUUUGCGUUGUGUGUAUCUAAACAAACCAUUCCAUUAUCCUUCGAUCAGACUCAAAUCAUUUUGUUCAAGAUGCGAUGGAAUGAGUAGCAUGUCCUGUUCUGUGUUUUAACCGUCCGGGUAUUGCGAACAACCUUAUCAUGAGUGAAACAAGCAUAGCGUCCGCUAGGGCCUCUGUUAUGAUCUACGACGAUAUCAGCAAAAAAUGGAUUCCAAGUGGAACAUCAUCGGGUCUUAGCAAAGUGCAUAUUUUCAAGCAUAUGAUUAACAAUACAUUCCGUGUAGUAGGACGUAAAUUACAGGAUCAUGAGGUUGUCAUAAACUGUGUGAUCCUAAAAACACUGAAAUAUAAUCAAGCAACAACUACAUUCCAUCAAUGGAGAGACAACAAACAUGUUUAUGGUCUGAAUUUUAGCAGCAAAGAAGAUGCUGACGCUUUUGCUCGUGCCAUGGUUUAUGCUCUUGAGGUUUUAGACUCUGUAUCUAGAAAUAAUAUUAGCAUUCCUAUCAGCCAUAUUCCACCGCCUGCGCCACCACUUUACCAACAAGCUAACGGUCAAUUUGAAGAAGAUAUAGGGUACAGAACCAUGACAAAAGAUGAUGCAGCCAUAAUUCAAGAGAGACGAAUGUCUCAACAAAAUCAAAUUAUAAACACAACAAAUGGAUUACCCAAUGUACCGCCGAUGCCCCCACAACUCCCUGCUUCGGGUCACCAUCGCACAUCUUCGGCUCCUCCAGCACCAGUUCCUCCUCCACCUCCCCCUGGUUUAUCAAAUCCUUCUCCACCACAGCCUCCUCCAAUGCCUGGGAUGUUGUUAAGACCCAAUGGCAGUGGAGAAUCUGAUCAUGAUUCUGGUGCUGAUCAGACAUCAUCAUUAGCUGUACAGUUGCAAGCCGCUCGUUUAAAAAGAACAAACAAGCACCCAGCAGAAAACAGUGGUUCUUCAACUAGUAGUGCAAGCAGUGGUGGCAGUGGAAACUAUGGGACACUCGGAAGAAACGCCAAUGGGCAGACUGGUAUGGCGUCAAUGAUGGAUGAAAUGGCGCGUACAUUGGCAAGACGUCGUGCUGCUGUUGAAAAAAAGGAACCCACUGAUUGUCCACAGGAUGAAAGUGUUUCACCCAGUGACAAAAAAAAUUGGAACCGUAAUGAUAGUCAAAAAAGCUCAUUAAAUGGUUGUGAAAGUCCUAAACUUGGCCGAAAACAACUGAAUGCUACAUCUACUGAAGAUCUAAUAGCAUCAAAGUCAUUUGGAGAUAACUGCGUGUCAAAUUUAUCAUUAGAACUGGAGACGUUGAAACAAGAUAUACUUCGCGACAUUCGUAAGGAAUUGAACCGAAUGAAAUUGGAAAUAAUCGAGAGUGUUAAAGUAGAAAUUAACAAAAGAUAAGUCAAGACCAACAUACAUUGAAAUCCUUUGGUAUUAACACAACCAUUAUCAUUUUCGAUUUUUGUAUUGAAUUCAAUGCUUGUUCUUUUUCUAUUCAAUGACAUUUUUUUAAUUGAAUCUCAUUUUACUACUGUUAUUAUGAUUGAAUUACACACAUAGACAAUUAUUGUAAUCAUAUAUCUCAUUUAUAGCUACUUAACGUCAACUAUUCUUUACAUAAUAAAGUUAUUAUGUAGAAUAUUUUUUUUUUUAUAAAUCAUAACUGUUUUUUUUUAUAUGUGAGUGUGAUCACCUUAUAAUUUAAGUGUGAACAAUUUGUAUAUUAAUUUAUCAAAAACUACUACUAAAUAAAUAAUAUAUGCUUCAUUUUAUGUGUAUCAAAUUAGGUUAAGGAUUUAUUUUUAAUUACUACUAGUAUUGUUUUUACCACUGACAAG